GUGGUCUAAUUUCUGACAAGUAUCAACGUUACACGUCCAUGCUUAAAUCUGAAAUGGUGCGGUCGGGUAAAUAAAUAGUGCAAUGCGUCGUAGUUCACGUGAAUUGAAUUUGUUACUCUAUAGUGUUAUGAUAUCUUCACCAUCAAUAUAUUAGUUGUGUUAGCUAUACAACAGCCAGUAUGUUGACCGGAUGCCUGAGAAAAGGAAGUAAAUCUACCAGGCUGAAGAUGGACCUCGUGCUCUUAAUACUGAGUUGUCAAUUCGUCCAUGUUCUCAGCGAAAAAUCUUCCUCUGAGUUGACUGUUGUGGAGAGCACUGAGACCAGCCUGGAUGAUGAGGAUGCGCACCACAUGGAGGAAGAGAGCAAUCCUGAGGAUUUGGAUGUGUUCCGUCCCACGGACCAGUGGCAGUCUCUCAAACCAGGCCAGGCAGUCCCAAGGGGCUCUCAUGUAAGGCUCAACCUCCAGACAAGACAGAGGGAGGUCAAACUUGGGGAACAUCAGAUUCUCAAAUACCAGAUCGAUGGACAAAGACAGGGGAAGGAGAACACACCAGGCCCAUCCUUCAAUGCAGAGGAGCUGAAGAAGGCUCUGAAAAAUAUAAAAGAAGGAGUGGAUCCCGAAACUAGUGACAAAGAAAAAGAAGAGAAGGAGGCUCUCAGAGCCCAGUUUCGUCCCAUGGAGGAGCUGAAAAGAGACAUGGCCAAACUGGACAUGCUGAUGGAGUCAGACUUCCAGAUUAUUAGCAGACUGAUGUCCCAAUUCAACAGCUCAAACACCACUGUGGAGGAGAAGAUCAAAGCUUUACAUGACCUAGAGUACCUUGUUCAUCAGGUGGACAAUGCCCAGAACUUGGCAUCUAGGGGAGGAUUGAAGCUUGUGGUUGAUGCUUUGAACAGCACAGACUAUCGCCUUCAGGAGAGUGCUGCUUUUGUCUUGGGGUCAGCUCUGUCAAGUAACCCGGUGGUGCAGGUGGAGGCAGUUGAAAGUGGUACUCUGCAGAAGCUGUUAAUGUUACUCGCCACUCCACGACCCAUGUCUGUUAAAAAGAAGGCGUUGUUUGCUGUGGCCUCUUUGCUACGUCACUUCCCCUUUGCCCAAAGCCACUUCCUGAAGCUGGGUGGGCUGCAGGUGUUGGGGGAUCUUUUCCGAGCUUCCGAAGGUGGGGCCCUCCGUGUGAGGAUUGUAACCAUACUCUAUGAUAUGAUCAAUGAGAAGGAGCUGAUUUCUCAGACUGGACUUGACCCCAUUCCAGAUGCUUCUCACAACGAGCGGUUGCGGCAGUAUGCACAGGUCUCCCUCAUGCCACUGUUGGCAGAGCAGGGCUGGUGCAGCCUGGUGCCUGAACUGUUGGCCUCCCCAGAGCACGACUGGAAGGAGAAGGCCCUGAGAACUAUCCUGGCCAUGAUGCCUAACUGCCAGACUCAGUAUCGGCAGGACUACACCCUGUCUUCCUCCCUUCACACCCUACAGGAGCAGUACCAGGAACUGGUGCUCUCAGAGCAGGUCCUCGGAGACGAGGAUGGGUACUUUGGGGAGAUCCUGGCUCUGUUGGAGACAGUGCUGCUUAAACUGAAGUGAGCAUACGGCUGGGUGGAGAAACCCCAUCUAAGGACAAUUUAAAAAAGGUCUGCAGCUCUGUAAUGUAACAUUUUUAUUUAGAGACUAAUAUGAUCACACAUCUGCAAAUCAGAAGGUUGCCUUUUUCAGUUGCUGCCUCAGAGGGCUUAGCCUUCCUUACAGCUUUUUUUUCUGCAUCUGUGAUGCCUCAUGCUUUGCCUUGUCUCAAUAAGGCUCUCCAGUCCUCCCUGAGGAAUACAUUUAGCUGGGCUAAAUUUCAUUUUCCCUUAUGACAUGUUUCUUUAUUCACAGUGUGCUCUAUCGAUCUUCUUGUUGGAUUGCCCACUAAUGUGAGACUGGUGCGCCUGUGGGUGGCGGGUAGAGCAUUGGGUUAGUAACCGAAAGGUUGCUAGUUCCACUCCCCGAGCCGACUAAUUGUAAAAGUUGUCGAUCUGUCCUUAAGCAAGGCACUUAACCCUAAUUUGUACAGGGUUGGCUGAUCCCAGGCCGUGAUCCCUCUCUGCAGGUGUCUCGGCGGGGAGUGGGAUAUGCAACAAAAACAUUUCCAUUUCACACCACAUACUUUUACAAGUUACGUACUUGUACAUGUGUGACAAUUAUAAGCACCCCCUAUUUAUCCUGCUGCUAACAGUAAUGAAAUCAGAACUAUAUUGAACAAAAAUAUAAACUUAACAAUUAAUUCAUAAAAGGAAAUCAGUCAAUUUAAAUUAAUUAAUUAGGCCCUAAUCUAUGGAUUUCAUAUGACUGGGUAGGGGUGCAUCCUUGACAGGGCAUAGGCCCACCCAUUUGGGAGCCAGGCUAACACACUGGGGAGCCAGCCCCAGCCAAACAUAAUUUGUUUUUCAACACAAAAGGGAUUUAUUACAGACAGAAAUACUUUGUCUGUUUCAUCAGCUGUCCGAGUGGCUGGUCUCAUACGAUCCCGCAGGUAAAGAAGAAGGAUGUGGAGAUCCUGGUUACACAUGGUCUGCGGUUGUGUGGCUGGUUGGAUAUUCUGCCAAAUUCUCUAAAAUGAAGUUGGAGAUGGCUUAUUGUAGAGAAAUUAACAUUAAACACUCUGGUAACAACUCUGGUGGACAUUCCUGCAGUCAGCAUGCCAACUGCACGCUCCCUCAACCUGACAUCUGUGGCAUUGUGUUGUGUGACAACUGCAGAUUUUAGAGUGCCCUUUUAUUGUCCCUAGCGCAAGGUGCACCUGUGUAAUGAUCAUGCUGUUUAAUCAGCUUCUUGACAUGCCUCACCUGUAAAGUGGAUGGAUUAUUUUGACAAAGGAGAAAUGCUCACUAACAGGGAUAUAAACAAAUGUGUGUGCAAAAUUGGAGAGAAAUAAGCUUUGUGUGUGUAUGGAACAUUUCUGUGAUCUUUUAUUUCAGCUCAUGAAACAUAAAUGCAACAUGUAAAGUGG